AGACGUUACGAUGAGAGAAAACCAGCUGGUUCAGUGCUCUGUACCUUUGUCACCGAUUACUUUCUUAGCACGAGCAGCCACUGACUAUGGUGAUAAGGUAUCCAUCAUCUACAAUGAUCAUGUGAGAUUUUCUUGGAGAGAAACACAUGAAAGAUGCGUCAAGCUUGCUUCUUCUUUGUUCAACUUAGGGAUUUCUCACGGCGACAUUGUUGCAGCUCUGGUACCUAAUAUUCCAGCUCUCUACGAGCUUCAUUUUAGUGUUCCUAUGGCAGGUGCUAUUCUUUCUGCUCUCAACACCAAAUUGGAUGUAACAACAUUGGCACUUAUAUUGGAACAGUUAGAGUUUUGCAAAGUAAUAUUUGUGGACUAUCAGUUUAUUGAUUCUGCCCUCAAAGCAUCUGAAAUAAUCUCCCAAAGAAAAUGCAAGCCACCCCUCAUUGUCCUAAUACUAGAUUAUGACCAAAAACCAUCUUUCUUAGUGAAAGAUAUACCACCAGGUACCUUAAACUACAAUGAACUUCUUGAAAAUGGAGAACCAGAUUUUGAGACUUUAAUACCAAGCAAUGAAUAUAAUCCUAUAUCAGUGAAUUAUACAUCAGGCUCAACCGGGACUCCUAAAGGAGUUGUUUAUAGUCAUAGAGGUGCUUAUCUUAAUUCACUUGCAGCAAUUUCUCGUUUUGACAUGAAACCAAUGCCAGUGUUCCUAUGGACAGUUGAUAUGUUUCGUUGCAAUGGGUGGUGCUUCACUUGGGCAAUGUCUGCUCUUGGUGGCACCAAUAUAUGCCUUAGAAAUGUCACUGCUAAAGACAUAUUUGAUGCAAUUCACCUUCAUAAAGUAACUCACUUGUGUGGUGCACCAACCCUUUUGGAAAUCAUUGCAGAUUCAUUGCCCAGUGACCAAAGGCCUCUGCCUCUCAGGGUGAAUGUCACAGUUGCAGGUGUGCUACCACCAUUCCCAGUUCUCAAUAAGGUAUCAGAACUUGGAUUUGAUGUGAGCAUUGGGUAUGGUAUGACAGAGGCUCUAGGUCCUGUCAUUCUAAGGCGAUGGAAACCCAAUUCAGAUGAUGAAUAUACAAAGCUGAAUUAUGGUGAACAAGGGCUUCCAGACCUUAUGAUGGAAGAGGAUGUGAAAGAUCCAAAGACUAUGAAGAGCACCCCUCAUGAUGGGAAAACAAUAGGGGAAAUUAUGUUCAAAGGGAAUACUCUGAUGCUGGAGUACUUUAAGAAUUCACAAGCAACUGAAGAAGCUUUUAGGGGUGGAUGGUAUAGGACUGGGGACCUUGCUGUUAGGCAACCCAAUGGUUCAAUAAACUUGAAGGAUAGAGCAAAAGAUAUUAUAUAUUCAAAGGGAGAGGCUGUGAGCUCCUUAGAGGUAGAAGCAGUGUUAUUGAAUCAUCCAAAUGUUUUGAAAGCAGCUGUUGUGAGGAGAUAUGAUGAGUGCUUGGUGGAGUCACCAUGUGCAAUUGUCACAUUGAAGGAUGGUUGUAGUGCCACUGUUGAAGAUAUCAUCAAGUUUUGUGAAGAUCAUUUGGCUACUCAUAUGGUUCCUAAGAAUGUGAUCUUUGAGGAUUUGCCUGUUAGUUCAACUGGGAAGGUACAGAAAUUUCUUAUCAGAGAGAAGAUCGAAAGCAAUGAAUGGUGUGAUGAGACUCAAUGA